AUGUCACCAAACGAAAUAUUAUCCAGUGUGAUGAAACGCCAGGAAAUCUUGUGGAAGGAUAUCACUCGAUACCAAAAGCUAUCCAAGGAGGCGACGGGACGAGGGCCAUCUCCGUUGAGUUUCGAGAUUGAUGUUUGUGUUCAAUCAAUGACAAUGUUUUUCAACAUGGGCGACCAGAACUUGAACAAUGCGAAGUGUGAAGAUAUUCCAGACAGAGUAUCCUUUUUUGGUCUCUUGAACAGCAUUGUCCUCAACAAUGUCAAGUUCGAAAGCUCUUUCAAAAGUUUACUCCGAACAUAUUUCGCAAUUGAACAGCAACGAGCAGGUGGAAAGCCUCUCAAUGACUUUGAGAAUUGCAUUGUAGGAAUUGUGCUGGCUGUACAAGAUUUGGAAACGACCACGAGAAAGCUUAACAGGAGUUGCAUUGCAAAUGUUACAGAGGCACACGAAAAUGCAUCGGCAAUGAUCAAACUUAAAAAUUUGAUGUCGUUGAACUUCUGCAAAAGAAGACAAACUGAUACCGGGACCCGUAGAUUCCGAGACUUUGAUUCUACUCUAUGCUCCAACCAAGAAACAAGUAUCUUGGACAUAAGCGCUUUUCCAAAAAAAGAGAUUCUGGGUUUGUCGAGGUUUGUGUUUCCUCAAGCCUCUCUAGGAGCUCGUAUCACACAAUUGGCACGUUCUCUAGAAGCGCUCGAGAAGACGACGAAAGUCUUCGCGAGAGAAACGUUGAGUCAAGCUCAAACAUGGCAUGCCGUGAUGGACACUUCUAAUUUUAGCUAUGGGGUAGACAGAUAUGUAGAGAAGUGUCACCGAGAAGUCCGAAGCAUCUUUAUGUUUUGUGACAGAAUAAAUAGCAUAGUGCUGCUACUAAUGGAAGCAGGAAAGGAAUUAAAUUUCAGCAAUUCUAUGCAUGAACCCCUCAAAAAUCUUGUUGACGAGCUAUUGGACUGUGUUCUUUCUUUUGUUGUGAUGACCUACUGGUGGUGGUACCAAGAAGCGAUUGGCGUGAAUUCCGUCAAGAAGCUCCGAUGCUUAGAGAAACUCGCGACACCUAUCCGAGAACAAUUUCAGUCCAGCGAGAAAAAGAAUCAGGAUAUCAUAGAGGAAUUUGAGCGGGACGUGAGUUUUUUUGCCACCUUCGUUCCUCACCUUUGA